AUGGAUAAGGAUGGCGUGAAAACCCCUUUGUGGAAGAAGGGACUGAAAGAGCCCGGGGUCAGGGAUGAGGAGGCAGAGGAGGAGAAGUCGGAGGAGGAAGAAGAGGGGAGGCAGUCUCAGGAGACCGCGGCCGAGGGCGAGGCGGAGUGCCCGGAGGCGGAGGGCGGCGAGGGCCGCUCGGUGUGCUACUGCCCGCUGCGCCAGGAGUCCAGCACCCAGCAGGUGGCGCUGCUGCGGCGCGCGGAUGUCGGCUUCUGGGGCUGGCUCCUCCCCUUGGCUCUGAUCCGCGGCCCCGCGGCCCCGGCCGUCAGGAAACGGAGCGUCCCGGAGGAGCCGUGCGUGCUGCAGACCAGGCGCUGGCUACUACGCGGCGGGGGCUGUGCGCUUUGCGAGAUCCUUUUUUGCAAGAGAUGCGGGGACCUGCACAGCAACCCGGCCUACGUGGCGCACUGCAUUCUGGAGCACCCGGAUCUGGGUGAGGGUCGAGCGGGGGCCGCCGGGGUCCUCGGAGCGCCCCCACUCAAAGCCUUUGUGCCCUCUAUUCUCUCCUGA